AUGCAGAACUUUGCAGAUAUUCCAACUCCUGAACUCCUGUCGAUAGCCGAAGACCUGGAGCUAGAAUAUAAGAAUCUAAUGACGCAGAUUGCUUUUUACUCAGCAAUGCAAGUGGCUAGCCUAGAGCUCGAUAACAGGGUGCAAAUAGCCCUAGAGAAACUAAAGACGGCAGUAAUUGCUUUCAGUAACGUCGAACGGAUGGUCGAAGCGGCCACCAAAAAUGCCAAGCCUAGCGCUAUAUUUGAACAAGAGAAAUCCCGAUCCCAACUUCCAAACAAAAGUUUUGAUAUUGAGCAAAAGAGAUACACCAAUGAAUCAGAUAGCUGUGACGUCGCGAUGAAAAGCAUCGAGCCAGAUGUGGAGCGUUUGGAGCUACAAUCGGCACUCUGUGGACUUAUUGCGACCGUAAGGAAUGCCUUAAACUUGAAACCAAGAGCACAUAAGAAAAUUGAGCUGCGAGGCCCUUCCAUCCGGUCUAGAGCUCCAAGUCCAGAAAGUGGAUAA